UCCGGGCCCGGCGGGGGGGGCGCGCCCCCCGCCCGGGGCCUGCGGCGGGGGCGCCGGAUAAAGCGGUGCCGGCCCGUCCGCCUGCCGGCACAGGGGCGGCCGGGACGGGCCCAGCGGGGCGCCCCGCCAUGGCGAGCCCUGCACGCCCGCGGCAGGAGCUGGCGGCGGAGGAGUGGCGGCUCCGCGGCGCGGCCCCGACGGUGCCCCGCGACGCCAAGCGGGACGCGGCGGGGGAGCGGCUGGUGCUGCUGGAGCUGCGGCGCUGCGGGCGGCCGCCGUCCCCCGGGCCCGGCGAGCGCCAGGAGGAGGGGGAGGAGGAAGAAGAGGAGGGGGAGGCGGCGGCGGGCGAAGACUGUUGCGGCAAGUGCAAGAAGCGGGUGCAGUUCGCCGACUCGCUGGGGCUGAGCCUCGCCAGCGUCAAGCACUUCAGCGACGCCGAGGAGCCGCAGGUGCCGCCCGCCGCGCUGUCCCACCUGCAGAGCCCGCCCGGCGAGGAGCGGGACCCGCCGCCGCCCGGCGGGGACCCCCUGCCGCCCGCCCUGCUCCUGGUGCCCGACUUCCCCGACGGCGGGGAGCCCAGCGCCGAGCGGCUGCGGCGGCAGCGCGUCUGCCUGGAGCGGCUGGGGCGGCCUGCGGCGCCCACCGACGUGCGGGGCACGGUGCAAGUGCUGGGCGGCCCCGGCCUCAAGGAGGUGACGGUGCGCUACACCUUCAACGAGUGGCUCUCCUUCGUGGACGUCCCGGCCGCCCCCCUGCCCCCCGACCCGCCGGCCGAGCGCUACGGCUUCACCCUGUGCGUCCCGCCGAGCCUGCGGGAGGGCUCUGCCCUCCACUUCGCCAUCCGCUACCGCAGCGCGCAGGGCGAGUUCUGGGACAACAACGGCGGCCGCAACUACACCCUGCGGUGCUGCGGCUGCCCCGGGGGCGGCCCCGCACCGCCCGCCGCCGCCCCGCCGACCCCCGCCGCCCCCCGAUACUGACGCCGGCCGGGCGAGGGGAGCCGAGAGGACCCGGCCGGGCAGGGGGAGGCGGCCGCAGCCCUGCUCCCGGAGUGAGGCCCGUUUCGGGAGGGAGACAGCCAGCGCGCCGAGGCCACCGUCCCGGAGACUGCCCCAAGUCUGGUGGUUUUUAAGCAGGCACUUCGGUUUUGCCAGCGAAACAUGGAUGUGCGUAGGCUCGCAUUGCUGUGGCUUGUGGAAUCGUUCUUUUUUCUUUUUUCUUUUUUUUCUU